AUGCUCGCCAUCCAGGCGCAUGCAUCGUGGCAGGUGCAGUGGGGAGCGAGGCGGGUGAGAGAUCUGAUCGCGUUGCCAGCCGUGCGCCAGCUGGCGAUGAGCGCCCAGCUGGAGGCCUUCUUCCGUGACAUGUCAGCGUCCAUGCUGGCAGCCGCCCGGUUCCUGUGCGAUGCUGACGUGGCAUGUGCUGGCAGCGGUGGCAGUGGCGGAGGGAGCAGCAUGGACUACGAAGAACGGUUGCAGAUGCACGCCCUUGCAUCAGACCAACUGGCUUGGCACAGCAUGAGGAGCGAGUGGAUGCAGCUACAGCUGCUGCUCUCAUCGCCCUUCACUACCGUGUCAGCGAGAGUGCUGCAUCUGGUGUCUGGGGGGGAUGACGGACCAACCAGUAUCGUCACCGAGUGCAACCGUCUCUACAUGUGGUGCAGGUAUGCUGUGGUUACGCUCAGAGAGUUCAAUAUGGUAUCCAUGCUCGCCUCACCUCCGUUUUCAUCGUGUUUCCUGGUCCUAAUGCCUGCUUCUCAGGUGUUUCGCCAGGUGCUUUUCUCCCCUCACGGCACGCCAUCGCAUGCCAUAGGCUGGCUCAUGGUGGCGCAAGCUUUCCUGCACAACCUCCCACUCUCCCUGCCAGAUGAGCGCCCCCCACUCCUGCCAACAGCAGUGCAGUUUGCUGACUCACUGCUCCACGCCAUCAUGGGGGGAGUGUACUCGCUCCUCUCUGCACUACAGUCAGACCAGGGGUUGACUGGGUUACACAUGAAGAGUGGCGGAUGGAAAGGACGAUGGACGGUAGGCUCCAAACAAGGCAAGGGCAUGGGGAUCGGUAUGGGAUCGGACAUGGGAACAGGUAUGGGAACAGGUAUGGGAACAGGAGCAGCAGCAGCAGCUGGUGCGUUCAGCCCCCUCCUGCCCUUCCCCGCCUCCACCAGCCCAAAUCCCGCCCUCGCCACCCCUCCCUCUCUCUCCAAUCCGUCUCCCUCCCUCUCCUCCUCCACUCCCUCCUCCUCUGCCUCCACCUUUCCAUCCUCCUCUGCUGCAUCCCCGUUCACUACGGCGUCCCCUCAGACUGGCGUCACUGUGUCUUCAGUCCUUGCCUCCUCCCCCAUCUCCCCAAUCCUCACCUCGCCCAAUUCAGCGCCCGCUGGUGCAGCAUCUGCAGCAGGGGCGGGAUUAGGAACAGACGCAGGAGGAGGAGCAGGAGGAGCAGGAGGAGCAGGAGGAGGAGGAGCAGGAGGAGCAGCGGGGGAAGUAGGGUUGGGGGCUCGGCCAGUGAUUGCUGAGUUAGUGGCGGAUGGUGCUGAGCUGGCAGCGUUUGUGAGGCUGUUUGGAUUCUACGGAGCGGAUGAGCUGGCGGGUCGGGUGGUGCGGCCUGUGCUGAUGCGCCUGCUGAGUCGGCUGGAGGCCAUUCUGAGGGCCAACCGAGACUCCCUCAUGAUGCUCGCUUCUAAAAUGCACCUCUCUCCUCCUUUACAGGUGAGCUUUGAGCCGACUCAAAAGUCACCUCCCCCCUUGCAGCCAUUCUACGGAGUGGAUGAGCUGGCAGGGCGGGUGGUGCGACCCGUGCUGCUGUGCCUGCUGAGUCGCCUGGAGGCCAUUCUGCGGGCCAACCGCGACUCCCUUAUGAUGCUCGCCUCCAAGAUGCACCUCUCUCCUCCCUUGCAGGUGAGUGUUUUAGAAUCUGUGAGGCCGUUUGGGUUCUACGGGGCAGGUGAGCUGGCAAUGUUGGUGCUGCUGGUGGGAAUUCUCAAAAGCAACACCAGCGUAGCUGGCGGGGCGGGUGGUGCGGUGCGGCCGGUGCUGCUGCGCCUGCUGAGUCGCCUGGAGGCCAUUCUGCGGGCCAACCGAGACUCCCUUAUCAUGCUCGCCUCCAAGAUGCACCUCUCUCCUCCCUUGCAGGUGAGCUUUGUUCGAAAGUGCACCUCUCUCCUCUCCCCUCAGUUGUUUGGAAGCCAUUCUACGGCUCCGAUUGGCUGA